AUGAUCUCCAUCUGCAAUGAACACGAUUCCGUAGUGAUUUUCUUUAAAAUGCAAAAAGGUUUGCACCAACCGGGAGUUGAACCCGGGUCUGUACCGUGGGAGGGUACAAUGAUACCGCUACACCAUUGGAUUGGAACUGAGCCUGAUGUUCCAUCUCAAAAAGAAGAGGAGGAAAUCGCAUUUGUUAGAAAAGUUGAUUUAUUAGAGGCUAUACUUGGCUUUGUCGGUAAGUACGACGCAGGUUUAAAAAAAACACUUCUGCUGCAGAAUUAUCAAAUCGCAAAAUAUUUGCACCAACUGAGAAUGAAACCUGGCUCCAUACCGGACAAGCUUUUCUUUAUUAAACUGCAUCCAUCAUCCCAAGUGACUGAAACGGAUCGAUCCAAUAGCCCUUUCGACUACUUCUUGUUGUGA